CCGCUGUCAUGUGCCGGGUUCCGACCCCGGCAGAGGCAGGCAGAGAGCGUGAUUCGCGUCCCUUUUGUUGUGAAGCCCGCAUUUGCUGCGUCGAGCAGUUGGUUUAGCACCAGCCAAACUUGCAGCUGUUGUGACCGCGCUCCGCCGAGCCCCGUUCCAGGCCCCUGAGCCGGAGGGAUGGAAAACUCCUCGGCAGCAUCAGCCUCUUCAGAGGCUGGGAGUAGCCGCUCCCAGGAGAUCGAGGAGCUGGAGCGUUUCAUCGACAGCUACGUGCUGGAGUACCAGGUGCAGGGGCUGCUGGCCGACAAGACGGAAGGGGAUGGCGAGAGCGAGAAGACACAGUCCCACAUCUCCCAGGAGGAAGCUCUUAAUGGUGGACCACCAGUGAAAGGCUUAACAGAAGAAUGGACAGCGGACUGCAGCGAGCAGCUGGAUCGCAGCUAUUCCUUCUCCCGAGGGCGAGGACCCCCGCAGCAGAAUGGCAGCAAAGACAACUCGCUGGACAUGCUGGGCACAGACAUCUGGGCCGCCAACACCUUUGACUCAUUCAGUGGUGCCACCUGGGACCUGCAGCCCGAAAAGCUGGACUUCACCCAGUUCCACCGGAAGCUCCGGCACACGCCCAAGCAGCCCCUGCCGCACAUCGACCGUGAAGGGUGUGGAAAAGGGAAGCUGGAAGACGGAGAUGGCAUCAACCUGAAUGACAUCGAGAAAGUCCUCCCGGCCUGGCAGGGCUACCACCCGAUGCCCCAUGAAGUGGAGAUUGCUCACACCAAGAAGCUGUUCCGGAGGAGGAGAAAUGAUCGGAGACGGCAGCAGAGACCUCCUGGGGGGAACAAGCCCCAGCAACAUGGUGACCACCAGCCAGGCAGUGCCAAACACAACAGGGACCACCAGAAGUCCUACCAGGGGGGGUCAGUAGCCCACCCCUCAGGAAGGCCCACCCAUCAUGGCUACAGCCAGAACCGGCGUUGGCACCACAGCACCAUGAAGCACCCACCAGGCGACAAGGGGGAGGCAAGCACCCACCGCAAUGCCAAAGAGUCCGUAACCAUCGAAAGCCCCAAACUCGAGGACACCCCAGCGGACCCUGGGCUUGUCAGCCUUGAGGCCCCCCGCAGCCCUGACACCCCGGUUCCAGCGCCUUCCGAGAGGCUGCCCCCACAGCAGACAGGGGGGCCAGAGGCCGAGACAAAGCGUAAAGACAGUAUUAUUCCCGAGCACCUCGGGGAGCGGCCCAAAAUUACCCUGCUCCAGUCUUCCAAAGACAGACUGCGGCGAAGACUAAAAGAAAAGGUACCGGAUGAAGUGGCUGUGGAGACGACCAGCCCUCAGCAGAACAAGAUGGACAAGCUGAUCGAGAUCCUGAACAGCAUGCGGAACAACAGCAGCGACGUGGACGCCAAGCUCACCACCUUCAUGGAGGAGGCCCAGAACUCCACCAACUCCGAGGAGAUGCUGGGGGAGAUUGUGCGCACCAUCUACCAGAAGGCCGUGUCAGACCGCAGCUUCGCUUUCACUGCCGCCAAGCUCUGCGACAAGAUGGCGCUCUUCAUGGUGGAGGGGACCAAGUUCCGGAGCCUGCUCCUCAACAUGCUCCAGAAGGACUUCACUGUGCGCGAGGAGCUGCAGCAGCGGGACGUGGAGCGCUGGCUGGGCUUCAUCACAUUCCUGUGCGAGGUGUUCGGCACUAUGCGCAGCAGCACGGGCGAGCCCUUCCGCGUGCUCGUGUGCCCCAUCUACACCUGUCUCAGGGAGCUCUUGCAAUCUCAGGAUGUGAAGGAAGACGCCGUCCUUUGCUGCUCUAUGGAGCUGCAGAGCACAGGCAGGCUGCUAGAGGAGCAGCUGCCCGAGAUGAUGACGGAGCUCCUGGCCAGCGCCCGAGACAAGAUGCUGUGCCCCUCGGAGUCGAUGCUGACCCGGUCGCUGCUCCUGGAGGUCAUCGAGCUCCAUGCCAACAGCUGGAACCCUCUGACACCCCCCAUCACGCAGUACUACAACAGAACCAUCCAGAAACUGACAGCCUGACAGCCAGGGGUCCUGGCGGGCAGCCCGGGGGCAGCUGGGGCCCUGGUGCGCAGGGCCAGAUGGACAGGCGGGAGGACAGGGGUGGCCCUGGCGGGAGAAAGAAAUGGGAAGGAGGGCAGGCAGAGCCGGUGGCCAGUCUGGAGCCAGACGGGGAAGGGAUCAAAUCCCUAAGAGGAGCACCCCCCACCCCCCAGCCCGAGCAUGCGGCAGCGCACACCAAUAAGGGAAGCAUGUUUCUUUUCACGGUGGCCCUGGCCGGCAACCUUCCUCGCUCCCGCCCCUCCCUACCCCCUCCCACCAAACCCUUCCCCCGCAGAGCUUUUCGCGAGGAAUCUCAUCUCUGCAGCUCCGCAGAGACCUCGCCAGCCUUGCACACCAGGGUACCGCUUGGGUCAGAAAGGACCUCAGCAGGCUGAAAAAGUGGGUCGGAGACGGGGGGCUCGCAUUGUUCCCGCAUGCUGUCAGCCGCAGUCGCCAACUGGCAGCAGGCGACGUGUAGCAGAUGUCCCGGAGCACAAAGGCAGGCACGGUCCCCACCAGCCGCCCGUAAUUGAUGGCCUUUGUGGGCCACGGUCGAGCUGGGGGAGGCGUUUUCCCCUAACCUUCCCGCUCCACCCUCCCAACUUAAUGCCUCCUCCCUUUGGCCCCUGCCUCAGGCCUGGGGGGCGAGCAGGGCUGGAGUUUGCAGUCAUCCUUGCACUCUUUUGUUGUAUUGUGUUUUAUUUUUCAAAAGUCGGUUGCUUUGAUGUCUCUUCUCUCAAUGAAAAUGCCGGGGAUGUGAUCACACAGUCAGCACUGUGAGGACCUCCUGAUUAGUGGGAGAUCAAACCCGGCCCCCUCUGGAAGGAUUCUAGCCACAGACAGCUUGCCAGUAGCCAAUUAGGGUAAUUGGAAACUUCUGCCCCGGCGGGGGUCCCCGCUGGAAUCCUGUGUUCCUGGCCACCGGCCUCCAGCUCUCCUACUCCCAUUGCCUGCUCUCAAAGGGCUGAUACUGUCGCCGCUGGGACUGCGUUAAACCCAGCCCUAGCCCCCAGGGCCUUGUGACAAACGCAGGACAAGGCUGGCAGUGAAAAGCAACGGACUGGGUCGUGUUUCCCCGCUCCACAGGGACGACAGGGCAGGGGCUGCCUGGUCCCCAGGACUUCGAGUCUUACUUAGCUCAUGGGCUAUGUCCUGCCCUGGCCUCAUCCCAGACAGGAUCCUAAAGCCCAGCCUUCCCGUUGUGUUUGGAAAGGGAGGGAUUCACUGAGUCCUGAAAGGGGCAGUCCAUUGACCAGGUGGGGCUGCCAGGUGGAGCUUUCCAAGCUGGAGUCAAGGCUGGGCCUCCCGGAAGGCCCUGGUCCUGGGCAUGAGCCUUUGGUGAGGGCCGAAGGGAAGCACAGGUCACACUCCGGGAGACUGGCUUCCGGAUCAUGACUGGGGUCGUGGGCCCCUGCUUUGAUGGGUCCUCAGAAAAUGACAUCACAGCCCAGCAAUUUCCUUGUCAAUCCUUUGCUGAGGCUGGUCAAGCCCAAAGUCACCUUGAAGACCCCAGCCUAACCAGGGGUAGGGAAGUUGGUGAGUAAGGAAGACUCCUCUUCAUUGAUUCCGCAUCUAGGAGAGCAGACAGGGCAGGGUGGGGAUGAGGGUCUCCAUUUCUCCCUGGAUUUCCCCACUAGCUGCAAGCUGCCUUCCAGCCCCAAGAUGGGAGCCUGUGCCAGUUCCCAGAAAGAGCCUGCUGAGGACCACGUGUGGAGGGCACGAGUUAACUGACAGCCCAGUGGCCUCUGCCAGGAAGCCCAUGCUGCCUGGCCCUUGCCUUCUUCCUCCCUCCCACCCCCACCAGCCCUUGUUCCAGAGCUUUCUCAAGCUUUUCCUUCCUGCCUCUCCUCUUCUGCCAGCGUCUUGGGCCCAGCCUGGCUCUUUUGGAAAUGCCAGAACCCGGCAGGAGACCCUGAGCGAGAGCAGGGCUGAUGGUUGGACGCUCAGGAGGGCACCAGGAAAAUCAUGCUCUCAUGGAGUAGAGCAGCCCUAGCCAGGCAGACGGCCCUCAAGAGCCGUAGUGGGGACUAAAUGGGCCCUGAUUCCCUCGUGUGUGUGUGGGCGGGGUGUGUGUGUGUGUGACACAUGUGUGCGCAUGUGUUUACACAAAUCUGCUAAGAACAAAGCAGGGCCCAGAAGAAGAGAGAGGCCUGGGACCAGGGACUCAGGGCACAAAAGCGGCAGCGGAGUAGGAUCUCCUAGCCCAGAUCUUGGGGUCAGAGAACAAGGUUCAUGAAGGGGGCUCCCAAACACUGUGAGGGGAGGAGCUGGUGUUCCCCACAAGCAGAGACAGGCAGGUCGUGAGCAUCACGGGGGCCCUCCUCCAUCUUGC